AUGGGUGUUCUUGAUAAGGUCCGUGGACAUAAUGACCCAACGGUCGAGCCGUAUUCGCAAGAUGAGAAAUCGGUCGCAUCCCCAGAAGGGCCGCAUUAUGACCUCGAAACACCGCCUUCGUCCGACGGCUCCCACCAGGGCGACAUGUUCGAUGAUGCGAAGGAAUUAGCCCACAAUCCGGACGUUGUCACCUCUGGUGCGGAGCUGGGCCAGCAGAAGGCAGAGGCGGCGGCUCUUGUAUGGAGCUGGCCUGUGUUGGUUGGUAUAUAUGCGUGGAUCUGGAUCUGUACUUUCAUGUUGGCAUUCCACUCAACGAUCAGCGGCGUCCUGAUCAACUACAUUCAAGGGGGAUUUGGAUCCGCGCCUCAAGUUUCAACGGCUUAUAUCCUCGCAAAUAUCGUCGGUGGUAUUAUGAAGCUACCAUUAGGUAAGACGUUGAAUCUCUGGGGUCGUGCCGAGGGCACGAUUGUCUCCACUGCCAUUUACCUGCUCGGUAUGGUUGUGCUUGCCUCGUGCAAUGGACCCAAUGGAUAUGCCGCAGGCUAUGUCCUCUACUGGAUCGGGUACUACUGUUUGUACCUGAUCCUGAAUGUUUUCGUCGCCGAUACUUCUGGUCUUCGAAAUCGAGCGUUCGCCUUUGGAUUUAUGCAGACGCCAUUUAUCUGCACUGCGUUUACGGGCUCCCUGGCUGCGAAUUCCAUUUAUACGAAGUAUGGGUGGCGCUGGGGUUUUGGUAUUUUCUGCAUUGUGACACCCUUCGUUUUUCUGCCUCUCGCUAUUGUUUUCAAGUACUACGAAAAUAAGGCAAAAAAGCAGGGCGUUUUCCAACGCCAGCCAAGUGGUCGCACGACCAUGCAGUCCAUUGUGCAUUACUUCCACGAGUUUGACGUUGUCGGUGCCUUUUUGCUCAUGGCCGCGUGGGUCCUUUUCCUUCUCCCAUUCAGCCUGGCCCAGUAUGGCCGCUCCCAAUAUUCCAGCGCAACUUUCAUCGUACUCGUCGUCAUUGGCUUCCUGAUGUUCUUCGUCUUUGCAGCAUGGGAGAAAUGGGGUGCAAGAACUCACUUCAUCCGCUAUGAAUUGAUCAAGCGGCCCACGAUCCUCGGCGCAUGUCUAUUGGCCGCCGUGCUAUUCUUCAGUUUCGAGCUUUGGGAUCAAUAUUUCUACAACUUCAUCAUCAUCACCUACGACAUCGGCACCGUGUAUGCAGGAUAUAUGCUGCAGAUUUACAACGUCGGGUCUUGCUUCUUUUCUCCCAUCAUUGGAGCUAUCAUCUGGGCUACUGCGCGCUUCAAGUACAUCUGUCUGUUCUUCGGUGCUCCGCUUAUGAUCCUCGGCUCCGGAUUGAUGAUCUACUUCCGCGGCUCGGAACACGGUAUCGGGUACAUUGUCAUGUGUCAAAUUUUCAUCGCCUUCGCGGGCGGGACUCUUGUCAUCGGCGAGGAUAUGGCUGUAAUGGCUGCUGGUGGCCGAGAAGGCACUCCGAUGAUGCUGGCACUUAUCGGAUUAUUCUCUAACAUCGGUGGUGCGAUUGGAUUGGCUGUUGGUGCGGCCAUUUACAACAAUGUGUUCAUUGAUACGCUCACCGCUCAAUUGCCGGCUGAGUUGAAGUCCAAUGCCACGCAGAUCUAUUUCGAUGGCAUCUAUGUUCAGACGACUUAUCCCUUCGGCUCGCCGCUUCGUGACGCUGUUGCUUACACUUGGGGCUACGCGCAGCGUAUGAACUGCAUUGCUUCGACUGCUAUUUUGGCUUUGGCUAUUCCUUGCAUUUUGGUCUGGAAGAACUAUGAUGUUAACCAAAAGCAGAACAAGGGCCGCAUGAUUAUAUAG